AUGAAAAUACUGACACAACAGAUUGUAAAGGAAUAUGUCUUUGGGAGUGUUGCAAGAUUCCUGUCUUCUAAAGUGCCACAGAAACCAGUGUACUCAGUAACUGAAAAGCACUCACUCCCACCAGAAACAAAAAUUGAUCAAAAUACCAUAGAACUUCUUGAAAGAUUGUCACUAGUAGAUUUUGCAAAUGAGAGAGGGAUUGAACAACUUGAGGAAGCUAUAAGAUUUGCAGAUCAGAUUCGAUUGGUUGAUACCACAGAUGUGGACCCUCUCAUAACAGUUCUUGACAUGAGUUUAUAUCUUCGAGAUGACAAAGUUACAGAAGGAAACUUGCGGAAAGAUGUGAUGGCAAAUGCUUCUGUUACAGAGGAAGAAUAUUUUGUUGCUCCUACAGGAAACGUUCCGUUUACACCAAGAUACAAGAAAUCUGAAGAAUGA